GUUCGCAAUAACAACGUCGUGAGAAUACACCGUGAAAUAAAGUACAUGCGAUUUUUAGUUUAAUCGGUCACAAUCCUUGACGUUUGUCUAGUGAUGUUACUAUUAAUAAUUUCCAUUCUCGUUAUCUACGGGGUGUACAUCAAACUUAUUAAACCGGGUUUCUACUGGCAGAAAAGGGGAAUUGUCCACGCCAAACCAUGGAUGGCAAUCGUGAAGGUAGUUUGCAGCUCCAAAUCAUUUUUUGAAAUUAUUAUCGACAGUUACAACCAAUUUUCCGAUAGGAGAUACUAUGGUAGCUACCAAUUCAUGACGCCAUCUCUCUUCGUGAGAGACUUGGAUCUCAUCAAGCGUAUAACCGUGAAAGAUUUCGACCAUUUCACGGACCGCAUGAACUUUAUAAGCGAAAAAGCUGAUCCGCUGAUGGGUCUCAAUCUGUUUAAUUUGGGUGGGGAAAAAUGGAGGGACAUGAGGUCCACACUGUCUCCGGCAUUUACCAGCGCCAAGAUGAGGGCCAUGUACACGCUCAUGCAAGAAACAGCAGAACAUUUUGUCGAGUACUUCCUCUUAGACGACAAUGAAGUGAUAGAACUCGAAAUGAAGAACAUCUUCUCAAGGUACACUAAUGACGUCAUAGCCAACUGCGCCUUCGGCAUCAAAUGUGACUCUUUGAACGAAAAGAACAACGAGUUCUAUACCAUGGGGCUGAAUGUUACUACCCCGAAACCUAGCAAUAUGGUUAGAGGGGUUGCGGCAGCUUUCUUUCCCAAAGUAUUCGAGGUCCUCAAAAUAAAAGUAUUUUCAACUACCGUUUGGGACUUUUUCCGGAAGAUAGUCUCCGAAACAAUAUCUUACCGGGAAAAAGAAAAUAUUAUCCGUCCUGAUAUGAUCCACCUUCUGAUGGAAGCUAAGAAAGGUAGACUCAGACACGAAGACGAAAAAACCUCGGAAAACGACACCGGCUUUGCCACGGUAGAAGAAUCUGCUCUAGGAAAGUCCGUCGGCAAAAUGGAACUGACACAUGACCUGAUAACCGCCCAAGCCUUGGUAUUUUUCUUGGCUGGGUUCGAUACAGCCUCCACCUUGCUGUCCUUCUUGACCUACGAGCUGGCUCUGAACCCAGACAUCCAAACGAAGCUCCAAGCAGAAGUCGACGAGGCAGCUAAGGCUGGGGUGUCGUACGAAGAAAUCUUGAAAAUGAAAUACCUGGACCAAGUCGUUUCCGAGGCCUUGAGGAAAUAUCCCGGUGGCUUCAUCCUGGUCAGGCAGUGCGUUAAGGAUUACAAAAUAGAAGCCGAAAGGGACUACGAGAAGGACAUUGUAGUGGAAAAGGAUUGCUUGGUGACUAUUCCAAUUUCGGGCAUCCACAGGGAUCCUAACUACUUCCCGGAUCCGGAGAGGUUUGACCCUGAUCGGUUCAGUGAUGAGAACAAAGAGAAAAUCGUGUCCGGGUCGUACAUGCCCUUCGGCAGCGGGCCUAGGAAUUGUAUUGGCUCGAGGUUUGCUUUGUUGGAAGCUAAAGUGCUUAUCGUCAGUCUGAUGUCCAGGUUCGACAUCGUACCAGUGAAGAGGACUACUGUGCCCAUCACACUGGCCAAAAGCGUGAAUCUUACAGUAAAAGAUGGAUUUUGGUUAGGUUUUAAAAAUAGGAAUAGAUAAACGUUCUUAACGCUGUCAGGAUAUUUUAACUAUUUCAGUAUAUCCAUUAUAUGCAGUGGCGGCCGGUGCGGUGGGGCUCUGGGGUGCCGCCCCCUAGGAAUUUGCAUAGUAAAAAAAUUUAAUUUAAAAUUUGGAAACUUAGAAAUGUGAAAUUUGUAAUUGGCAGUCAGUUUAGUUCGACUUGUAAGAUUCGUUUGAAAUACAGUCUAGAAAUGGGAAAUUCCCGGGAAGAU